ACAGGCCAUGACACCACAACAGACCAAUAGCAACGUUGCCUCCAGAGUUUCAUUCUCCAGAUAUGUCUCGAAUCACUCUGACAAGGACACAGCCAUGGUGGGCGGAGUCACGCUUGAGCUGGUUCGUGCUGACAUCGUUCAUGAGAAAACGGAUGUCAUUGUAAACACAAUAAAUAGAUCUGCCGACCAAUCAGGUGUUUCGAAGGCCAUACUCGAGGCAGCGGGAUUCCAUGUGAAAGAAGAGUUUGCUGCAAAAAUAGCUCGGCAGAGGGAUUGGUUUUCCACUGGACCUGGAUGGCUGAAAUGCAAGGAGAUCCUUCACGCCAACUUCUACAACGAUGCAAAGAUACGUGAGACCUGUGAAACCAUCUUAAAGGGUUUUAAAUCCAACCACCACAGUUCUGUCUCAUUCCCAGCUCUGGGCACAGGUGCAGGGCACAUGGAUCCUAAAGUGGCUUGUACCGCCAUGCUGGAUGGAAUUGAAGCAGCUGUGAGGAGCAUGGGUCCAACUUCCCUCACCCUGGUCCGCAUUGUCUUUAGGCAGCGGGAAGUGCAGAAGGAAUUCAGAUCGGUGCUUCAGAAACGCUGUGAAGAAACUGCGCGUCAACAGCAAGGUCAAGAUGAUUGGGAGGAUCUUGGCACCAGCACCCAAAGCUCUUCACCUGCUUUCUCCUCCUCAAGGGGCAAACCGAAACCAACUCCAUUCUGGGGAAAUUGUCCAAUUUCUUGAAAGACAAAUAAUUAAUGUUUGACCGGCGGCCGAGAGCUGCUGAUGGGAUUGGAUCCCCAUCGUCGCUCCGGAGCCUAACUAGGCACCGUUGAGCAAGUGGCCUUAAGCCAUACCUGCUCUUUCUUGACAUGGCGCAUCCAAAUUCAUUGCUUCAGAUUAGGGGUCAUAAAUGGUGUAAAGUCGUAAAUAGUUUUGUAUUAGUCCGCAUGAAAUUGACAGUGGGUUUGAAAAAACAUUCAGAGGGGAAUUGAGAAAUAUUUGCAAAGUGAUGGAUAGAUGGUGUUCAAAAUCAUAAUUGGUUAGAGUAGUAUAAAUCGCAUCAUGAAUUAAUAAAGAUUUAAAAGUGUAGGGUUAAUUAAGUAGGCUACAUAUAUGGAUUUAAUAUUUUAUCAUAAGCCUGUAAUUGUUAUUACAAUGUAAUAUUGAAUUUUGAAUUAAACUCCUAUAUCUCCAUAAAUAAAGGGUUAAACAGCAAACGUAUGAGUUUGGAGUAUUUGUGUUUAUCUGUCCCAAAAUGUCAACUUUUGAGGAAAGCAUUUUAAGUGUAACUCAAAUUUACACUGCAGAUACCCUUAUGAUAUUGUAUGUUAUGAUACUGUAUAUGGCCAUAUAUUUGCAAAUAAUGUCAACUUGUUAAUAAAAAAAAAAUCACUAAUAUCCUAAAAGUUAAGAAGCAAUUAUUUCAAUUAAUAUUAAAGUCAAAGUAAUGUAUAAAUCGCAUAAAAAAAGUUUUCAGUGAAUACAAAUAUGGUUUAUUAAUCCAUUUUAAUUCUAGGGUCUCUGUAAAGCGACGUUGAACCAGCUUAAAGACUUGUUUUGAAACUCAAUCUCGCUCACCCACAGAUCCAGAAAUAGACGGCUGUUUGUAUCCCAGAACCGACAACGACAACGACAACGCGGUAGGGCUGAGAAAAAUACCCGAGUUUGGAGCCUUGGGACCAGCUUCUAGAUUAAUUUGAGCACUGGUUCAAUUGGCCAGUGGUAGAAAGAAGGUUGGUAUGAAAAAAACAUGAUGAACUAUAAUUACAGAACGCUGCUAUCUAUGGCGAAUGCUCCAUACUAACUAACAGCCUGUAACGACAUCGGAACAACGGUUCAGCCCACAGCGGGUUUUUCGCUGGUUUGAAUCGCCGUGGACCCCCCGCUCCGUCGACUCCCCGCAGAAUGCGAGGAGCGCUGGAGGGCGGACAAGGCGCUGCGGAGGCGGGCGAGGGAGGAAGGGGACGAGGGGUUGGAGGAGGCGGACCGACGGGAGCUGCGGAGAAUCGAGGCAUACAACGACGCCAGGAUCAUGGGCCCCGGCGCGGUGCCCAAGAACCCGAGCCGGGAGGAGGAGCCCCCACAGGGGGGAGACGCAGAGCAGCAGGAGGAGACUGACAAGGGCGGAGGAGGAGGGAGUCGGGGGCCAGAGGAGGACGGGGUUCUCACGUACUGCUGCGAGAGCCACCCAGAGGAGGUGUACGCCGCGUUGAGGGGACUCCGGGAGUGCUCCCUCCUCACCGACCUCACCCUGAUCCUUGGGGGUCGAGGCGCCGCCGGGGUCGGGGGGGCGACCCUCCGGGUUCACUCCCCCGUCCUGGCCGCCGUCAGCUCCCUGGUCCGGGACGCCCUGGAGACCCGGACCAGGCACUACCGAGCCGAGCCCGGAGCCGGAGGGGUCCGGAGCUGGUCCCUGAGUCUGGGUCCUGAGGUGGACCCCGGAGGGCUGCAGGCCGUCCUGGACUUCGCCUACAGCGGGGACACGACGUGCCUGGAGGGGGGCACCGUGGCCCGGGUACGGGCCGCGGCCGAUGCCCUGGGGGUCCCAAGAGUCCUGGAUCUCUGCGCCCGGGAGGGGGAGAUCCAGAAGAAGCAGGGGGAGGAGGGGGAGGAGGAGAGGAGGAGGAGGAGGGCAGCAGAACAGAUGAAGGCCAGUCUCCGGUGCGUGGAGGAGCUGUGGGAGGAGGGAGUUGGCUGUGACGUGGUUCUGGAUGUGGACGGCACAGCGGUUCAGGCCCACCGGGCGCUCCUGGCGGCGAGCAGCGACUACUUCAGGGGGAUGUUCACCUGCGGCAUGCGGGAGUCCCGCCAGUACCGCGUCUCCCUGCCCGGCCUGCCCCCCUCCGAGCUGCUCCCCCUGGUGGCCUUCUCCUACCGCGGCGCCCUGCCCCUGGGCUGGGCCGGCGUGUUCGAGCUGGCCUGCGCCGCCCACCGCCUCCAGUUCGCCGGCGCUCUGACGCUCUGCACGGACUUCAUGCGCCGGGAGAUGACGGCGGCCACCUGCCUGGACGUGGCGUCCUUCGCCGGGGCGUACGGCGCGGCCCGCCUGCUGGCGGACGCCGACGACUUCGUCCUGAGGAACUUCCCGGAGGUGGCGGCCGCGCCCGCCUUCCCCGAUCUGCCGCCGGACCGGCUGCAGGCGUACCUGGGCUCGGACGCGCUGGUGGUGCCCAGCGAGCUGUGUGCCUUCCGGGCGGCAGCGGCCUGGGUGCUAGCCGACCCGGAGCAGCGUCUGGCGGCGGCGGCGGCGCUCAUGCGCCAGGUCCGCUUCCCGCUCAUGACCUUCCGCGAGUUCCAAGAGGUGAGGGCCGUCGCACUGCGAGGAGGAGGCUCCCCAGACACGGAGUUCUACCUCUGGGCUCUGGAGGAGUUCAGCGCCGAGCACCCGGAGGCGCGGCGCCGGCUCCGACGGCCCGAGGACGCCCUGGUCCUGGUGGGGGGCGACCUGCUGGGCUGGGGCGCCGCGCAGCGCGAGCUGAGCCGCGAGCUGUGGUUCUCCCAGGCGCUGCGCAGCGGCACGGGGCUCCUGAAGGACGUGGAGUGGAGGCGUCUGGGGGCGCUGCCCGACGGGCCGCGCUUCCGCCACGCCGUGGGGGUGGUGCGGGGGCGGCUCCACGUGGUCGGCGGCUGCGACUUCUACGCGCCCGACGACACCAUGAAGUCCGCCUACAGCUAUGACCCUGAGCUGGACCGCUGGCGGAGGCUGGCUGACAUGCAGGAGGCCCGCAGCAGCUUCUCGGUGGUGGUGGGUGAAGACGACCUGCUCUACGCCCUGGGUGGAGACCGGCAGAUCAACACCAACGUGGCCAGCGUGGAGGUGUACAACCAGCAGGCUGACUCCUGGAGCUACGCCCGACCUCUGGACCAGCCUCUGAGCGGCCACGCCUCCGUCCACCUGUCCGGCGACCAGGUCCUCAUCACCGGGGGGUUCGACCCCCAGUACCGCUGCCUGAGCUCCACCCUGCUGUACCGGCCCGGCCGCGGCACCACCCGCCUGGCCGACAUGGCCCACGAGCGGGCGCAGCACGUCAUGGAGGCGCUGCGGGACGGGCGGGGCCGCUGCCGCCGGCUCUACGUGGCGGGCGGCGUGCGCAACCUCCGGGCGUUCUACGGCGACCAGCUGGCGUGCGAGGCCUACGACUUCCAGGCGGGGGGCGGCGGCGGCGGCGGCGGCGGCGGCGUCGGGGGGACGUGGAGCGCCUUCGCCCCGCUGCCCGUGGCCCACGUGGGCGCCGCCGCCGCCGUCCUGGAGGGCCGGCUGUACGUGCUGGGGGGGCUAUCCCAGGAGGACUUCCGGGAGACGGGGUUGGUCCACCGCUACGACGGCGCCACCGGCCGCUGGCAGAGCAUGGGCCGGAUGCCCGGGGCGGUCACCGACGUGCGGGCCUGUCUGCUGCGCCUGCCCGGGCGUCUGAGGCGGUGA